AUGCAGCGUCUCCAACGCCUCGCUGGCCACGUCGUGGCGUCGGCACCAGAGUUGGUGGCGCAGCCGACGGCAGGGAUUUCUGGGGCGACUCCCGGGGAUGAUGACGUGGUGAUUUGCUGUGCCCUGCGCAGCGCGGUCGGUAAGGCCGGGAAAGGCUUCAAGGAGAUGCCGCCGGAGGACUUGUUGGCCGAGGUCUUCAAGGCUGUGAUCGAGAGGACGAAGAUCGACCCGAAGGAGAUCGGCGAUUGCGUGAUUGGGAAUGCUCUGCAGCCGGGUGCUGGUGGCUUCGGGACGAGGAUGUCGAUGUUCCUUGCUGGCCUUCCGUACGAGGUGCCCAUGUACACCAUCAACCGACAGUGCAGCAGCGGUUUACAGUCGGUUGCCACUGUGGCACAGUCGAUCAAGGCAGGCACGAUCGAUGUUGGCCUUGCAGGGGGUGUGGAGUCAAUGUCCACCUACCCGAUGGCUUGUGCAUACGACCAGAAGAAGCUGUCCCCGAACAUCAUGAAGAACGCGAUGGCGAAGGCGUGCAUCUUGAGCAUGGGCAUCACAUCCGAAAACGUGGCAGAGAAGUACAACAUCUCGAGGGAGACCCAGGACAAGUUUGCGGAGGCGUCCCAUGAGAAGGCGCUGAAGGCGCAGAAGGAAGGCUUGUUCGACAGCGAGAUCAUCCCAAUCAAGACGACACAGACGGACAAGGAUGGGAACAAAAAGGAGGUGGUCAUCUCAAAGGACGAAGGCCCCAGACCCGGCACAACCUUCGAGGUGUUGUCGAAGAUGAAGCCUGCCUUCAAGGAAGGUGGCAGCACAACAGCCGGGAACGCGUCCCAGUUGUCGGACGGUGCGGCCUUGGUGCUCUUGGCGCGAAGGUCAAAAGCAAAGGAGCUUGGGUUGCCGAUCUUGGCGCGCUUCCGAUCGUUUGCAGCUGUUGGUGUCGACCCGCAUGUCAUGGGCAUCGGGCCGGCGUACGCCAUCCCUCCUGCCCUCAAGCAGGCUGGUUUGAGCGUUGGCGACGUGGACAUCUUCGAGAUCAACGAGGCGUUUGCGUCGCAGGCCUUCAUGAGCAUUAACCACCUGAAAAUCCCAAUGGAGAAGGUGAACCCCAAGGGCGGUGCCAUUGCCCUUGGCCACCCGCUCGGUUGCACAGGUUCGCGGCAGAUUGCCUCCUUGUUGCCAGAAUUGAAAAGGCAAGGCAAGAAGAUCGGGGUCGUGUCCAUGUGCAUCGGCAGCGGUAUGGGUGCCGCGGGUGUGAUCGAGAGCGAGCAGUGA